AUGAAGUACGUUGUUGUUAUUGGGGGUAUCAUGAGCGGAAUCGGAAAGGGCACACUCCUGAGUAGUAUCGGAGUUGUUUUGCGCUCUAGAAACAUCUCAAUGUCCGCAGUUAAAAUCGACCCCUACCUAAACUUAGACGCAGGAACACUCUCACCGAACGAACACGGAGAGGUUUACGUUCUCGACGACGGAGGAGAAGCAGACCUGGAUUUGGGGAAUUAUGAAAGAUUUCUCAACCUAAAAUUAACCAGAAGCCAUAGCCUCACCUCAGGAAAGGUUUAUAGCAGAGUUUUCGAUAAAGAACGUAGAGGAGAUUAUUUGGGGAAAACAGUUCAAGUGGUACCUCAUAUAGUACAAGAGGUAAUCGAAUGGAUAGAGGAAGCUUCUAGAAAAAAUGUUGACAGAAAGGGUUGGCGUGAUCCAGAAAUAUGUCUUUUGGAGAUUGGAGGCACAGUUGGAGACAUCGAGUCUGAAGUAUACGUGGAAACGAUCAGACAAUUAAAGCUUAAACUAGGAAACGAAAAUGUUUGUUUGUGCCAUCUUUCAUACGUUCCAAUUGUCGGCCGCCAAGACGAACAAAAAUCUAAACCCACUCAACACUCUGUUAAGGCACUUUCACAAAGAGGUUUACAGCCAGAUAUGAUAUUUUGCCGUUGUAUGAAUGAGCUAACAAACUCAACAAAGGAAAAGAUUGCCUUUUUUACUCAAGUCAAAUUCAAAAAUGUCAUCAGUGUACAUAAUACUUCCGAUUUAUAUCGUGUUCCACUAAUGCUCGAUGAACAACAUGUCGCAGAAUCGAUUCUUGAAUUGUUGAAUUUCACACCGAAUAAGGUCGAUCCGAUGCCAAUUGAGUAUUCAUUGACACAUUGGAGUAGAUUUUGUGAGAAUCCAGAAAACGAGACCGUUACGGUGGGAAUUGUGGGCAAAUACAGCGCCUCAACGGACAGUUACCUGUCAGUUCUAAACGCCCUUAAACACUCCUCACUUGAGUGUAACCUUAAGCUUAACAUCAAGUGGGUCGACUACUCCAAAUUUGAAGAUUACGACUCUGAGAAAUUCAAAUCUCAUUUUAAAGAUCUGGACGGAGUUCUCAUCCCAGGAGGGUUUGGAACGAGAGGAUUUAUGGAAAAGAAGAUGGCAGUGAGGUACUGCAGGCUGAAUAAAGUCCCGUUUUUGGGGAUAUGCCUGGCAUUGCAGCUGACAGUGGUGGAUGUGGCGGAGGAGUUUGAGCCCAAGGCGUGUCACGGUGAGGAUUCAAAAACUGAGGAAAAAUACCACGUGGUAACUCUGAUGCCAGAGUUUUCAGGAAAGGAUAAAAAGGGAGGAACGAUGAGGCUUGGAGCACUAGAAACUAAGCUGGUAAAGGGAACACUAAUAUACAGCCUUUAUGACAAGAAGGAUACCAUAGUGGAAAGGCAUAGGCAUAGGUACCAGGUGAAUCCGGCCUACGAGGAGCGCCUAACUAACCACGGAGUGGUCUUCUCAGGAAGAGACCCAACCCAGGGAAGAGUGAGCGUAGUGGAACUUAAGAAUCACCCUUUCUUCCUCUGUACACAGUUUCAUCCAGAGUAUAAGUCAACUCCAAUCACUCCCAGUCCCCCGUAUCUAGGCUUCAUCCUUGCCUGUAAAAAUAGACUAAACCAAAGGCUGGAAAAAAAUAACGGAAAACUUCUUCCAGGAUCUUCCUAUUAUCACUAA